AUGGAUAUACCCACCACGGGCGCCGACUCGAAGAAAACCGUCUCAGUCCAUGUGGAGAUAAAACUAUUCAACUGGGUAACAGAGGUGACGGUCAUGCCAAACGCACCCUUCGCCGCCGACAGUACCAUGGCAUCCAUCACAGAGUUCACCAAAGCGGCGACGACCUUAUCGUCGUCGUCGUCGUCCAAGAGGAACCAGCUGCUCCUCGCCGCGCUGGGCCUCGGCGCCCUGCUCCUCGUCGUCCGCUUCGUCUUGCGCCAGCUCGAGAUCCGCGCCUUCAAGAAGGCGCACGGCUGUCUGCCGCCGCCGCGCGAGCCCCAGCCCGAGCACAUCCUGGGCUUGUCGGCGUGGAAGCGGCUCAGGCGCGAGCGCCGCGACCGCGUCACCCUCAAGGAGACCACGCGACGCGCCAAGGAGCUCGGGUACACCAGCUCGCUCGUCAUGGCCGGAAACCACUUCACGGUCACUUGCGAUCCCGUGAACCUGAAGGCCAUGCUCGCGACUAAUUUUAACGACUUCGGGCUCGGUCCGCGUGAGGUUCCCCUCGGCCCCGUGCUCUCUGGUGGCAUUUUCAUUUCGGAUGGCGAGUCUUGGCAGCACUCCAGAGCUCUGAUCCGUCCCGCUUUCACCAGGGCCCAAGUCGCCGACCUAGACAGCCUGGAGGAACACACGCAAGAUCUCCUCGCGCGCAUCCCCAAAGCCGACGGCGUCACCUUCGACCUGAAGCCGCUAUUCUACAACAUGACCCUCGACAGCGCGACGGACUUCCUCCUGGGCACAUCGGUGCGCAGCCAGACCAGCGCCCCGGGGUCCCCGGCGCGCAAGUUCCUCGACGCCUUCGACUACGCCGAGGAGGUGCUGCAGAAGCGCAGCGAGCUCGGCAAGCACGCCUGGCUCGUCCGCGACAAGAAGUUCGACGAGGCCUGCAAGACCGUCAAGGACUUCACCAACGGCUUCAUCCAGGAGGCGCUGCGCGGCCAGACCAAGGGCACCCGGUACAAUCUCCUAGCUGAGAUCGCGGGGGCUUGCCGGGACCAGGAUAAGAUCCGCAGCGAGCUUCUCGGCGUUCUGUUGGCUGCGCGUGAUUCUACGGCGAGUGUGCUGAGCAGCGCGUUCUGGGAGAUGGCGCGGAACCAGGAUAUUUGGAAUAAGCUAAUGGUCGAGGUUGAAUCGCUGGAGGGCCGUAUGCCUGACUACGAGUCCCUGAAGGAGAUGAAGUACCUGAGAGCUGUUCUGAAUGAGACCCUCCGACUAUGGCCCCCUCUACCUAGAAACGUACGUUUCGCACGCAAGGACACCGUUCUCCCUCGUGGCGGCGGACCCGACAAGACGGCUCCUGUCUUCGUCGCCAAGGGUUCCCCCGUCUUCUACUGCGUCUGGGCUAUGCAUCGCUUGCCCGAAUUCUGGGGCCCCGACGCCGAAGUAUUCCGCCCCGAGAGAUGGCUAGACGAGAAGAUCAAGCCCGGCUGGGCGUAUCUGCCAUUCAACGGGGGACCGAGAUUGUGUCUGGGACAGCAGAACGCCUUGAUCGAGGGAAGCUACAACAUCGUCCGACUGAUGCAGGAGUUCAAGCGCAUCGAGCCGAGGGAUAACCACCCGUGGACGGAGCAUCUGAGCAUUGGCAUGAGCAACGAGCACGGGUGCAAGGUCGCUUUCUGGAGAAACAAGUAA